UCCACCAACAGAAACGUUUCUUCCUCAGAACGGGGUUUGCUUCUACACAACAUUCUGUAGUAGCUGUGCCAUCUGCAAUCGAUAUGGAAGCGACACUUCAAGUCGUCUGAACCGCUCUUAAAGGAAUACAAUGUCCCAUUUGAACGACUCAAACUCUUACCCAGACGGGUAUAGGGCUCUAAACACAAGUGAAUUGCAGGAGCUUUUAAAAAAUGAAGACAAAAUGGACCAAAUUGUCAGACUGAAUGAAAAGUUUCAGGAGCUGCUGGUGGACAGAGACACCCUGCUGACCUCCAAUCGAAGCUUGGCCGAGGAGAGCCUCACUCGGCGACCCUACCUCAACAAUGGCAAACUCCAGCUGUCUGAGAAGUACGGGGAGCUAUCCAAUUUGGCCACUGUCUGCCAGGAAAAGCAGUGCCGGUUGGAGGCCCACAGACAGAAGCACAGUCUGCAAAUGGUGCAGAACCUUCUCCAAGAGGAGGUGGCACGUGCUGAGGAACAGUCUGAGGACAUCCUAGAGAAAUUCAUGGAGGGGAACAUGCCCUUGGAGGAGUUCAUGGACUCCUUCCAAAGCUCCAGGAAGUCCUACCACAUCCGCCGGGCGCAAGCAGAGAAAAUCCAAGAGCUCAGCCGGGCCAAGCGGCAGACGAACAAAGCCAAGACAGCGGAGGAGCAGGAGGAAAGAGAGGAGAGAGAGAGGGAGGUGAAAAUGGAACAGGAGCCUCAUCGUCCCAAUGGCUUUGUGGCCAAGGGCCCACCCCGGGUCUUCCAGCUCCGCUACGGCCUCACCCCAGCGAUCCUGCUGCCCCACUUCCCCCUGCCUCCCCCCUCCACCGCCACUUCUCCCUCUGUCCCCACCCACCACGGCAGUCUACCUCCGCUGGACCCUCAGCCGGGCCAGCCACAUAUCCUGAGCUCCAGUGCCUCGCUGUCUGGGCACGGCCAGCCCGUGGGCCUCAGGGUCAUUGGACAGAUUCCUGGUGGCUGGCCAGUCAAUGGGAGGCCAGUGCGGUUACAGCAGCUCUACAGGCCCAACCCCCACCACCCAGAGCCCCCUUAUCGAUAACUAGGCCAAAGGUUGGACCCAGUGGUCACCUCAGACAUGGAACCAAACAAUGGGUGCCAGACUCAUGCACGCAAACGGCAGGCUCUCACAGCCUUUUGUGGAAUUGAUCUGAAACAUACGUCCACCAACCAUGACACACAAAUGUAAACAUACCUAAAAAAAAUGGGAGAACAUGGGAAGCCAUUAAACGUGUGUAAGUGUAGCCACGAGAGAUAUUGAUUGAGUGAUCGAAUGAACAAAUAGACAGUGGGUUUUUGUUGUUGACGGUUUUAUUUUUAUUUGAAUGUCACGCUGUCAGGGAGAUGCAGGGUUGUGAAGCACAGCCGUGGUGGGGAACUGUCCCAGAUGGGCUAGUCUCAUCAGCUUGUCAUAAAGGACCUCCUUGUCCAUUCAUAUGUCUGAGAACUGGAAGGCUUUUUGAAAUGGCUUGGUGUCGUUUUUGCUGAUGAUCAAUAAAGUCCAAAUCAAGGUGUUUUACUAUG